CAACAGAGCAGAGCAUCAGAAUUAAAUAGAGAGCGAGCGUCAGUGCUCGGUCGACAGGCAAGCGCUCACGACGCUUCGCCGCUCACGAUGACGCGCUGUGUGACCGCCCUCUGUCUACUCGGCACGCUGCUCACCGCGGCAUCACAGAACUACCAGCAGACCAGGAUCGGCUCCAAGCCGCCCUCCUGCUACAAUAAUGGACAGCCACAGAGAUGUAUACCAGGGUUCGAGAACGCAGCCUUCAUGGUACAAAUGGAGGCAACCAACACCUGUGGAGACAACGGAGUGAAGAUGUACUGCAUGCAGACAUCUGCGGGAACUUCCACUUGGUCCUGUGACAAAUGCAGACCAGGCAUGUUCUCCAGCUACUACCUGACGGAUCUCCACCAUGAGACCGAAAACCAGACUUGGUGGCAGUCGGAAACCAUGAAGGAGGGUAUUCAGUACCCCAACCAAGUCAACCUCACACUGCAUUUGGGUAAAGCAUAUGAUAUUACUUACGUGAAAAUCGUGUUCUACUCACCAAGGCCGCAGAGUUUUGCCAUUUACAAGAAGACCUCCGAAGAUCAGGACUGGGAACCUUAUCAGUAUUUCAGCGCAUCAUGUCGCGACACUUACGGCGUGCAAGAGCAGAAGGCGGCAGAGCUUGGCGCUGAGACCAGGGCUCUGUGCACCAGCGAAUACUCCGACAUCUCCCCGUUAUCGGGAGGCAAUGUACUCUUCUCCACUCUGGAAGGUCGACCGUCCGCUUACGCCUUCGACAGCAGCCCCGAAUUACAGGAAUGGGUGACAGCCACCGACUUGCGUAUCUCUCUCGAUCGUCUGAAUACCUUCGGAGACGACAUCUUCGGCGAUGUCCAAGUACUGCAGUCGUAUUGGUACGCUAUCGCCGACGUGGCAGUUGGUGCCCGCUGCAAGUGUAACGGACACGCUUCAGUCUGUGACACGUACGAACUUCAGGAUGGAACACGAUCUAGAGCUUGCAGAUGUGAACAUAACACCGCGGGCCGUGAGUGUGAACGCUGCCUCGACUUCUACAACGAUGCUCCUUGGGGACGCGCCUCACCGACCAAUGUGCAUGAGUGUAAAGCGUGCAACUGCAACGGGUUUUCCAACAAAUGCUACUUCGACAAGGAGUUGUACGAGCGCACCGGCCACGGUGGCCACUGCAGCGACUGCGCAGAGAACCGAGACGGACCCAACUGCGAACGAUGCAGGGAAAACUACUACCAAGGCUCCGACGGAAUAUGCCUGCCCUGCAACUGUAACCCAAUCGGUUCUCGCAGCCUCCAGUGUAACGCUGAGGGUCGUUGUCAAUGCAAGCCCGGCGUGACGGGCGAUAAAUGCGACGCUUGCGCCCCCAACCAUUACGAGUUCACAAACGCUGGUUGCAAGCCGUGCGACUGCGACGAGGCUGGCUCCUACGGGAACACACCGCAGUGCAACCCGGAGACGGGAGUGUGUCUUUGCAAGCAGAACGUGGAGGGCAAACGUUGCAGGGAGUGUAAACCAGGCUUCUUCAACUUGGACUUGAGCAACGAGUUCGGAUGCACGCCAUGUUUCUGCUUCGGCCAUUCGUCACAAUGCAGCGCCGCGCCCAAGUACCAGGCGCAUGAACUCAGCGCGCAUUUUAUCAGAGACUCGGAGCGGUGGGCGGCUGAAGACGACCAGAGGCGGCCGACGCAGCUCAUGUUCAACGCAAACAACCAGAAUAUUGCUGUCACGUCGAGUGGUCCCGAGGUGGUGUAUUUCUUGGCCUCGCACCAGUUCUUGGGAGACCAGCGGGCAUCCUACAAUCAUGAUCUGAAGUUCACGCUCCGUUUAGGCGAGUCGAGAGGGUACCCCUCCGCGCAAGACAUAAUCAUUGAAGGCGCGAGAGGCUCCAUAUCAAUGAAUAUUUAUGGACAAAACAACCCAGAGCCUACGGACCAGUCUCAAACCUACACGUUCAGGCUGCACGAAGACCCGCUCUACGGGUGGACGCCCACACUGUCCAACUUUGAGUUCAUGUCCAUUCUUCAAAACUUGACCGCUAUAAGGAUCCGAGGAACUUAUAACAAGGGCGGGACUGGUUACCUUACCACCUUUAAGUUGGAGACGGCCAAGAUUGGCCGGGAAAGAGGAUUCGCACCAGCUAAUUGGGUGGAGAUGUGUUCAUGUCCAAAGGCCUAUGUUGGAGAUUACUGCGAGGAAUGCGCUCCAGGGUAUAAGCAUGAGCCAGCUAACGGUGGACCGUAUUCGGCCUGUAUACCUUGCGAUUGCAACGGCCACGCUCACAUAUGUGACACUGCUACCGGUUUUUGUAAAUGCAAGCACAAUACGACCGGCAGCAACUGCGAGCUUUGCGCUAAAGGUUUCUAUGGAAACGCGAUAACGGGAACCCCCGACGACUGCAAACCAUGCCCGUGCCCGAGGGACAGCGGCUGCAUCCAGCUCAUGGACGGCAGCAUCGUCUGCACAGACUGCCCUGAGGGAUAUGCCGGUCCCAGAUGCGAGGUCUGUGCCGAUGGUCAUUUCGGUGACCCCACGGGUAAAGUGGGCCAGCCCUCCGAGUGUAUGGAGUGCCAGUGUAACGGAAACGUGGACCCCAACGCAGUGGGCAACUGCGACCGAACCACCGGGGAAUGCUUGAAGUGCAUCUACAACACCGCCGGCGAGCACUGCGACAAAUGCUUGAGUGGUUACUUCGGCGAUGCGUUGGACCAGAAGAAGAAAGGUGACUGCAAGCCGUGUGAGUGCCACGAGGCGGGCACCCUUGAGAGUGCCGAGGGCCCGCCUCUCUGCGAUGGUUUGACCGGCCUCUGCUCCUGCCGCCCUCAUGUUAUCGGCCGGAACUGUGACAAGUGCGAGGACGGGUACUAUAACAUCGAUUCUGGCGAAGGCUGCAUCCCUUGUGAGUGCAACUUGGAGGGCUCGUACAACGCUACAUGCAACCCUUACACCGGCCAGUGUUACUGCAAACCGGGCAUCGAUGGGAAGCAUUGUGACCACUGCCGGGCGUACCACUACGGAUUCUCUGGGGCUGGCUGUUCAGAUUGCGAUUGCGAUGAAUGGGGCUCCACCAACUACCAGUGCGACGUGGCCGGCCAGUGUUCCUGCCAAGAGAACGUCGAAGGCAGGAGAUGUGACCGAUGUAUGGAAAAUAAACGUCGCCGCGCUGAUGGUCAAGGCUGCGAGGACUGCCCGCCCUGCUACAACCUGGUGCUAGACGCUGUUAACGAUCACCGACGUGAACUUCGAGAGCUGGACGACAUACUAGCGAAAAUUUCCAAAGCGCCCACCGUGGUGGAAAAUGCAGACUUCGACAGGGAGUUGCAGCGAGUACGCGGCGAGAUCGAGCAACUCAUACGAGACGCGCAGGGCCAGCUCGGAAACGGGACGGGGAGCGACCCCACGGGCAACCUCGCUGACCUGGCGGACCGGCUGGCGGACGUUAGGAAUAUGCUAUUGAAGAUCGAGGAUGAGAGUUACGAGGGUCUUGAAGCCGUAGAGAGAAGCAAAGGGAAUGUGUCCAAAGCAGAAGACACUAUAGAAGCGGCGCAGAAGGAGAUUAAUAGUGCGUUAGAGUAUUUGGAUGGAGAAGGCGCAGUGGCUCUAGCAAAAGCACGCGAUAGAUCCGAUCAGUUUGGCAAACAAUCUGGAGAGAUGUCCAAACUGGCCAAGGAGUCACGUUUACUGGCUAAAAAGCUCGAGAACGAGGCUAGGAACAUAAAGGAUAUCGCUGAAAAGGCAUUCAACACCUCUCUGGCAGCCAACAAGAUCGCCAAGGAUGGUAUUAACAAGCAAGCUAAUAUUAGCAAUGAAAUUCAAAUCCUGACGAAUGAGUUGAACGCAGCCACGGGUAAGCUGAAUAGUAUGUCGGAGCUGGCCGAGCAAGCACUCGACCGUGCCAAGAAAGUAUACGACGAAGCUCUAGGCCUGUAUGCGGAAGUGAACACAACUUUAUUACCAGACAUCAAGCUUAACAAACUUCACACUGAUGCCGAGGAGGUCAACAGGACGAUUGACGCUAGGUCAGCCGAGCUGGACGGCCUAAUCGCCGAGAACCAAGAGACUCUUCACACAUUAGACAGUGCUAUAACCAGAGGUCGAGAGCUUCUGAAUCAAGGGCACGAUCGGCAGGACGAACUAAACGAUUUGCUGGCGAAACUGGACGAACUUCACGCUCAGGCUAAACACGAUGUGGAGUUGACCAAUGCAACGCUCAAAGAGGCGAACGAGAUUUAUAAGACACUUAAAGAAUUCAGCGACCAAGUAACCGAGUCCCGUAAGCAGGCAAGCCAGGCAGCGCAAGAGGUGCCUUCCAUCCAGGACAAGGUGGCUGCUGCCGAGAACAGCAUCAACAGCAUCGCCGAGGAACUCACCAGCGCCAGCGACCAGGCCAAGAACGCCCUCGACUUGGCACAGCAAGCUCAGAAGGAAUACGCCGAGAAAGCAUCGGAGGCCGCCCACGAGAUCAGAAAGAAAGCCUCUACCGCCAGAGCAGAUGCAGUAAGACUAAGAGAUGAAACCGAUAAACUCUCAACUCGUGUGCAAGGAACAGCGAAACAGAUUGAGGAAUUGGAAAAGGAAGCAGCUGAGAAUAUGCAACUCACGCGGGAUGCGAAGAUGAAGGUUGGUCAAGCGAACACCGAUGCUAGAGAAGCUGAGAAGCAGGUUUCUAAAGGGCUGGAAGAUCUAAAGGUCAUUAUGGAUGAACUACAGAAUCUGCCGACGCUUGACGAUGCUGCACUAGAUGUUCUACAGCAAAGUUUGGAUGCAGCAGAGACGGCUCUUCGUGCUGUAGACUUGGAUGGAAAGAUCAAGUCGCUUUCUGAAGCGAAGAACAAUCAUCAGAGGUGGAUGAAACAGUACCAAGAUGAGCACGAGGAACUCCGCUUGGAAGUGGACAACGUACAGGACAUAUUACGACAGUUGCCCGAUGGUUGCUUCAAGCGCAUCGUGCUAGAGCCAACGGAAGGCCCGCCUCGGUCCAACGCGUUCAGGUAGACCGCGGCACUAGUACGAAACUCGCAUAUACAUAGAAUGGACUGAGUAUUCCUUAGCCAUUUGAGAGAAAAAAUCGAACGCGAACUACUGGAUGCUUAGACAAGUGGCCAUCCUUACCUUCCUAUUCCAAUGAACGAAUGAAUUAAGAUGAAUUAAGCUAUCGCAAUAGGGAUGAUGGUGUCGUAUCUGGCAUGAUUUUCUAAAACUAUAAUUAAAUUUGACAACACUGUAUCCUGUCAUUCUCUAUACAGAAUAAAAGGGAGAGACUGAUUUUAAAUUUAGAGAAUCAUGCCAGAAUCACUUCGACUCCAAACACUGUUCUGCCAGUGGUCGCAUAAUAUCGCUUUCUCCCUUUCUAGAGAGUUGUUAUUUCAUAUUGCUCAGUCCAUUUUCUAUGUCCAUGGAAACACAUAAUACACCUACUGUAUCAUACACGCGCGUCGCACAUUCGUUUCAUUAGUAACGGUCGCACUCAGACGUCGAUUAACUUUUAAGUUUCAGUAUGGUUGAUGCCGUAACUUUGCGAUAAUAAUGACAAAACGUGACUUGAUGAAACAUUAAAUUUUAUUAACGUCUUUGAAUGCGGUGGUAGGUGUUUAAUAAUCAUAUCCAGUCUGCGUAACUGCGUAACCUUUUUUGAAAUUGAUAACGAUCGUACUAAGGGAUUACAAUUAAAUUUAAUUAGCCAUACCACAAUGAAGGUAGUCGGGUAUUCAACACGAAAUGACGAAAUGACAUUCAACGUUUGCCUAAACCGUGUCUAACUCAGUCUGUAGUGCAACCCAACGUGUUCUCAUGGUAUAUAAUCUUAUUGUUAUGACAAAGUAUAACAUAAUAACAACCAUAUUUAAUGAAACUAAAAAAGUAAAUCGAAGUCCCUGAAUACUGCAGUAAGAGUUUUUGUGUGACAAGCCAGCGUGAAAAUGUGCUUAAACUUUUUCUUCGAAAAUUUAAAUGUUCUUUCUAUUUUUCUUGAAUAAAUUUCUCAUUUUUUUGUAUGAGAUAAUAAAUAAGACAAUCUUUAUGUUAUUGUAAUUUUUGUGACUAUAGUAAAAUAAUUUAUACUGCGAUAAACUACAAUAUUAUUAUUUUUUAUUAGUAACAUUUGUUCUUUUUGAGGAGGUUUUUUUUUUGCCUAAUUCUAAAAAUACCAUUAUGGUGGACCAUUGGCAAAGUUUUGAAUUUUCUUUAAUUCUAAGUUAAAUCUUUCGCAUUGCAUAUUAUAAAAAUGUUUCACCUUAAGUUAUUCCCAAAAAUUUGAAAUGUAUGGUUAUAUCAAGAACUAAAAUAACACAUAAUUAAUAAACAAAGAUUUUAUUAACCGUAUUUAAAUUCUGGCUUUGAAAUCUAAAUAUGAGUUGUGCCUAUUAAUGUUUGUUAUAAAUAUAAUAAUUUUAAUGUAAUUAUUAUAUGGAGAUAAAGGAACUAUAAACUUUCAUAUACUAUUCUCCGAGAUUCACGCCGAAAUUAAAUUGUAUUUAAAUAAUUUUCUUAAUUUUAUGUUAAAUAUCUAGCACUUAGCGAUAGUAAUUGUGAAUGUUUGUUAAAAUGGUGCCAUAAUUUUUUUAUUUGUAAGAAAUGAAAUAACGGUAGGUAUCUUCUCUUGGUACAGGUUUGCAUUUAAGCUUUGCUUAGUAAUAUAUCAAUAGGGUAUUGUUUCCUUUACAUCAACAUGUUUUGAAAAAAAGCGGGCGUGCAAUGGUAACGUAGAUAUUAUUGUCAUGUUUAAUUUCCCUUUAUUGAAAAACAAUUUUCCCUGCUUAUGAAUGUUUUUUAAACGAUUUUAAACUACUCUGAUAAUACUUAUCCCUGUCAUAAUAUGUUAAUUAUUCUUUUCAUGGUGCCAUAAAUAUUUUUGGUACAAUUGUAAAUAUAACAAUAAUUUAAACAGUUAAGUACAAUUUUUAUUGCCUUCAUUAAUUUUAAGCUCAUAAUGAUUUGUUAUUGAUUCAAGUGAUUGGUUCAAAAUAUUUUUUACGAAAGUUCGCCAAAGAGGACGAGAGAUAAACGUGUAUUUAGUUUUCUUUUUAUACUUAAUUAUUUUGUAUUUCUCCUGAUGAUUUGUAAGUGACUGUAGUUUAUUUAUUUGUAUUAAAAU